AUGAUCAUUCAAACUUGAACAUGGCUUCUUCGUUGAUUUGUAGUGAAACCCAGAGCAGGGUGAGUUCAGUCCUGAACAGAGACAUAAAGCAGUUUGGGAAAAAGUUUAUGUUUGACUGUAAUGAAGAAACCUGCUGGAACUCUGACCAGGGAGACAGUCAGUGGGUGCUGCUGGACUUUCCCCAACCUGUUAAGGUCUCAGAAGUAAAACUGCAAUUCCAGGGAGGCUUCUCAGCAAAGACAUGCAGAUUAGAAGGUUGCCUCAAAGACGGAGACUUCGUCAGGCUGAGCCAGUUUUACCCAGAGGACAACAACUGCCUUCAGAGCUUUCCCAUACAGGAGGCCCCCACCGUGGAAAAAGUAAAAAUACUGUUUGAGAACAGCACCGACUUUUUUGGGAGAAUCAUUGUUUAUUCCUUGGACAUUUUGGGGGAGAAAACCUCAUAACCAGGUUUUUUUUAAUGCUCUCAUGAGAGAGGAAAUGACCCUCGACCAAAGCGCAGGCUGGUGUGGUGACACUUGGAAAACAUGUCAGCUGUGGUGCCACCUUGUGAACUGAUGCAGUGGUGGCCUUUUUUGGUAUGGCUGUUUCCAGACGUGUUCAGAAGCUUAAAUUUACAUCAGCAACACAAGGAAAUAUGCACACAUUGGAAAUAUUGACAUUUAUACUUGAUGUGAAUGGAUGGCUUUGUGUAGAGCGGUUUAUCAUGCCUUUUGAAUUAAACACUCAACCCAUCAAAAAAUAACAUUUUAUUAAAACUUGUAGAAAGAAAGCUUUUUUUAAGUUCAAAU